AUGGCUGACAAGGAAAAUCCACAACUAUCACAGGAUGACCUCCUAGCUCAGAUCGCUGAGCUUCAGGCGGAGGUACGGAGGAUAGCCGAGCUCUCAACGCAAAACAAUGGAGAGAACUCCAAAGGCUCGGCUCAUAGUGCCACAGACCCCUUGAACAUCGCCCCGCCAAAGGAGAAGCUCACCCUCGACAACCCCUUCUCCGAGGAGAUCACAAAUUAUCAGAUGCCAAAAAACUUUACUCUCCCAACCGCAUUGGAACCGUACAAAGGGUUCGGUGACCCCCGAGCCCACAUAAAGAAGUUCCAGUCAAUGAUGUUUUUCAACGGCCCUAAGAACGAGCCUGUCCUUUGCCGAGCAUUCCCAACCUACCUCGACGGCGCUGCAUUACUCUGGUUCUCCAAACUCCCUGAGGGAUCAAUCUCCUCUUUCGAAGAUCUUGCCAGAUCAUUCAUCGACUACUUUGCCGCAUCAAGAAUCUACGUACACGGAUCGGACUAUCUCGGCACCAUCAAACAAGGCCAGCAUGAGAGCCUGAAAGACUACAUGACCAGGUUCGCUGACGCCACCAUGGAGAUCCAAGACUUGGACCCAGCUGUUCACCUACACGCUCUCAAGGCCGGCCUCAGGCCUGGCAAAUUUCGGGAGACCAUUGCCAUAACAAAACCAAAAACCCUAGAGGAAUUCCGAGAAAGAGCGGCUGGACAAAUGGAGAUUGAAGAACUCCGAGAAGCCCAGAAAUCAGACAAACAACCACACCGGAGAGAUGAGGAAAGGACCUUCAGAUCUCCAGGCAACAGGGACACAAAGAAACCUCCUAAGCCAGCGUCAAAAUACAACACAUACACCAGAUUCAACACCAGAAGAGAAAACAUCAUCAGAAAAAUCCUCAACGCCAAAAUCAUAAAACCACCAGCCCGAGCAGGGAACUACCAGGAUCAACGAUUUGUGGACAAGACAAAACACUGUGCAUUCCAUCGGAAGUUCGGUCAUACCACAGAUGACUGCAUCGUCGCAAAGGACCUCCUGGAAAGACUAGCACGCCAAGGUCUCCUGGACAAGUACAUUGAGACCCGGAAGGGCAAAGGAGGAAACUCGGACAGGGCAGAGCAUAAGCAAGCAACGGCUGACGACAAAAAAGAAAGGAUCACUCCUGAUCCGCCAAGAGGAGUCAUCAACCACAUAUCGGAAGGAUUCGCAAGCGGAGGAGAAACAAGCUCGGCCAGGAAGCGGAGCUACAGAGCAAUGCUGGCAAUCGAAGGAACCAUACAACCAAAGAAGGACAAAGGACCAGACGUCACAAUAUCCUUCAACCAAACAGACUUCAAAUCGGCAAGCCCUAACCUCGACGACCCCGUGGUAAUUUCAAUCCAGGUUGGAGAUCUGUUGGUAAGAAAAACAUUGUUAGAUCCAGGUAGUAGUGCUGACGUUUUAUUUUACUCCACGUUCACUAAAAUGAAAUUAUCAGAAAAAUUGAUACAACCCUCCUCUGGAGAGCUAAUUGGGUUCUCCGGAGAGAGAGUCCCCAUCAUGGGACACAUAUGGCUGAAGACCACAAUGGGAGAGAUCCCUAUGGCAAAAUCAAUUGAUAUUCAAUACCUAAUAGUAAACUGUUACAGCCCUUAUAAUAUUAUACUUGGGAGACCCGCACUGAACACAUUCAGGGCAGUGGUGUCCACAUUACAUCUGUGUGUCAAGUUUCCAAUGCAGGAAAACAAGAUCGCUACGGUGUAUGCCGACCAUCAAGAAGCUCGGCAAUGCUAUAACGCUGGUCUAAAACCAGUACAAACAAAACAGGAAGCUCGGCCCCAGGUCCAAGCCAUCCAAACGUCUGCCAGCACAGCGACACUAGCCGAUCUUGACCCUAGGGAACCAGCGUCACUAGCCGAUCUUGACCCUAGGGAAGAUCUCGGCGAAAGACCUCGGCCAAUGGACAACCUUCAACAAGUAACACUAACAACAGACGCCAACCAAUACACAUACGUUGGAGAAGCAUUAGAAGGGGCAGACCGAGCAAGACUCAUUCACACACUGCGUCAAAACGCCGACCUUUUCGCAUGGACGCCGGAGGACAUGCCCGGAAUAAACCCAAAGGUUAUCUGCCACAAACUAGCAAUUGACAAAACAGCCCGACCAGUUGCGCAGAAGAAAAGGAAUCUCGGGGAAGAGAAAAAACAAGCAGCACUAGAAGAAACCAAAAAGCUCCUCAAUGCAGGUUUCAUCCGAGAAAUUCGUUUCACCACAUGGUUGUCCAACGUGGUAAUGGUAAGGAAAAACUCAGGUAAAUGGCGCAUGUGCGUCGACUUUACAAACUUAAAUAAAGCUUGCCCUAAAGAUGCAUAUCCACUGCCUUGCAUUGAUAAAUUAGUUGAUAACGCCUCUGGUUUUAAAGCUUUGAGUUUUAUGGAUGCAUACUCUGGCUAUAACCAGAUUCUAAUGCACCCAGAAGACCAAAGCAAAACAGCUUUUAUAACAGAACAUGGGAAUUUUUGUUACAAGGUAAUGCCCUUUGGUCUAAAGAAUGCAGGUGCGACAUAUCAACGGCUGAUGGACAAAGUAUUUCAGCAUCAGAUAGGCCGCAAUAUGGAGGUCUAUGUAGAUGACAUGGUAGCCAAAACACCCAUGCAGGGGUCACAUUGUGACGACUUAUCAGAAAUCUUCAAACAGCUUCGAGCAUACAACAUGAGACUCAAUCCAGACAAAUGUGCUUUCGGAGUCCAAGGAGGAAAAUUCCUCGAAUUUAUGCUAACAUCGCGAGGCAUCGAAGCCAACCCAGAAAAAUGCAAAGCCGUACUGAACAUGGCGAGCCCGAAGACGAUAAAAGAAGUCCAGCAACUUGCAGGACGAAUAGCUGCCCUGUCACGUUUCCUACCUGCAGUGGCAAACCGAUCUUAUCACUUUUUCCAGACAUUCUCUAAAGGCAAGAAGUUCAACUGGACAGACGAGUGUGAAAAUGCCUUCACCGAACUUAAACAACACUUGACAUCACCACCAAUCCUCCAGAAACCGGAGACAGGUAACCCAUUAUGUUUAUACUUAUCAGUAUCUAACCAUGCUAUAAGCUCGGUUUUGGUAACAGAAACAGGGAAAAAGCAGAACCCAGUGUAUUUCAUCAGUAGGGUACUGCAACCAACAGAAACAAGGUACCCGAAGAUAGAGCAGUUGGCACUGGCACUAAUCACAACAGCAAGAAGACUGCGGCACUAUUUCCAGAGCCACACAAUCAUAGUACGAACGGACCAACCAUUAAGGCAGAUACUAACCAGACCCGAGCUCGCCGGCAGAUUAAUAAAAUGGUCGGUCGAGCUCUCCGAGUUUGACAUUCGGUACGAAUCAAGGAAAGCACUGAAAUCACAGGUGCUAGCCGACUUUAUAUCAGAGAUGACAAAUGACACAUAUAACACAGAAGUGAGAUGGACCAUACAUGUAGAUGGAGCAUCCAACAAAGAAGGCAGUGGGGCUGGGAUACUACUCAAAGAAGGAGACAGAGUGGUGGCCGAGAAGUCACUACAGUUCCGCUUCAACGCAAGCAACAAUCAAUCAGAAUAUGAGGCCCUACUCGCUGGACUAAAGCUCGCCCUACAACUGCAAAUACCUCGAAUAACAGCCUACUGCGACUCCUCGUUAGUGGUACAUCAAAUAAAGGGCGAAUUCCAGGUAAAAGAUCCUUUGUUAGAGAAAUAUUGGCUCAUAACAAAGGAUCUAAUUUCAAAAUUUAAAGAAUUUGAUAUUAUUCAUGUAAACCGAGAACACAAUACCAGGGCCGACGUGUUAUCCAAGCUAGCCACAACUCGGCAAACCGAAAACACGUCGGCACUGUCCCAGCUAACGCUUGACAAACCGAGUUUUGAGCAGGAUACAAUUCUGAGUAUUACGCAGAUCCCAGAUUGGCGAACACCUUUUUUCAAUUACAUCAACACAGGCAUCAUACCGAAUGACGAGCCGAACUUGCCACUCUUCCGACGAAGAGCGAGCUUUUACACAGUGCUAGGAAACACUUUGUACAGACGAGGGCACUCACAACCACUGCUCAAGUGCAUUAGCAACAAAGAGGCCGAGGAGGUCAUGGCCGAAACACACGAAGGAGUCUGCGGCAACCAUAUUGGCGGCCGAGCAUUAGCGGCAAAGAUCCUGCGAACAGGAUAUUAUUGGCCGACGAUAAAAAGGGACUGCAUCUCCAAAGUCAAGGCAUGUGAUAAUUGUCAAAAGCAUGCCACCCUCUCGGAGACCCCAGCCGAAGAACUCCAUACCAUAGAGGUAAGCUGGCCUUUCGAUAGGUGGGGAUUAGAUAUCCUCGGACCUUUCUCGAAAGCGCCAGGCCAGGUAAAGUUCCUCUUGGUUUCAAUAGAUUAUUUCUCUAAGUGGAUAGAGGCACAACCACUAGCACACAUAACGGCAGAAAAAGUGCGAUCUUUUUUAUGGAAAAAUAUCAUAUGCAGAUACGGUAUACCAAGAGAGAUAAUCUCGGAUAACGGGAGACAAUUUACAGAUCAUAAGCUCGCCGCUUUUCUAACAAACUUUAACAUCAAACAUCAUUUCAGCUCAGUAGAGCACCCGCAAACUAACGGACAAGUUGAAUCAGCUAACAGAAUUAUCUUGCAGGGAUUAAAGAAAAAGCUCGGUGACGCUAAGGGAGAAUGGGCAGACCUCAUUCCAGAGGUUCUGUGGAGUUACAAUACUAGCAUUCAAUCCGCCACAGGAGAGACUCCUUUCAAACUGGUAUAUGGCGCAGAAGCGCUUAUCCCAGUAGAGGUCAGCGUCCCAACAUUAAGGACCGAGCUCUAUGAUCAAAUGAGCAACCUACAAGCUCGGACAACCGAAUUGGACCUCAUAGAAGAAGAAAGAGACAUCUCCGCCAUAAAACAACGGGCCAGAAAACAAUACCUAGAGCAAAGACACAACGGAAAAGUACUUCCCAGAUCUUUCAACAAUGGAGAUCUCGUGCUUAGACGCACAGAGGAAGCCCGGAAACCUCCAAGACAUGGCAAAUUGGCGGCAAACUGGGAAGGACCUUUCCGAAUACUUCAUAAUCUCGGAAAGGGGGCUUACAAGCUCGAAACUCUUCAAGGAGAUCAACUUCCAGGAACAUGGAACGUCUCCUCCUUAAGAAGAUAUCAAUCAUGA